UGGAGCAACAACUACGACACAUUUGGAAGUGUUCUACGACCCAGCAGAUGCACUGGUUGCCCCCGAGUCAUCACUGCCAACCUAGAGCAACCUAUCCUCAAAUUCUACUGCAUUUGGCGAAGCAUAUACGUCAACGAGAUGAAGGACUACCUCAUGGUCAUCCAUGACACGUGUGUGUUGUCCGGUGCUCUCCUGGCGGCACUCGCUCGCAUGAGCCUUUCCCAGAAGGUGUUGCUGAAGCCGGCAGCUGAAAGGGAUGAGGUUCUACAUAGGAACUGGCGGGUGGAGACAGCAGCAAACCUCACCGCAGCUCAACUCGUUUUUGGAGAUGAGGUGGGCAUUGACACUUGCAACCUCCAGCAGGACUACAGCUGCUUGCACGUUGGUCAUUGUGCAGUACAGCAAUAUCGUCAAGCUCGUGGACAGCGGUGGAGCAUGAUCUCCGUGAUUGGGACUGAGGGCUGCAUUGCUGCAAGGCCGCUGGCAAGUAUGGUGAACGCACUCGAGUUUUUUGACUUCAUUGUCUCCGACGUGGUG